UGAAAAGAAAGGGAACAUGUACAAGAGCUGUCCAAUUUCUUUGUGUGUCUUUAAGUUGACUCAUCAGUUGCUAGGCAGAUCUGAGACACACAGGUUUGGAUCAGGGUUUGAAGUGAAGGCAGUAAAGUUGAUCGCCUCCCCAUGGCGAAACCUGAAAAAAUUCUAUUCUUUAUAUGGUGUUAGAGCUCGCACAAAAAUAAAAGCCAUACAUAGGAGAAUACUAAUAAUAAUAAAAGAAAAAAGGCACUCAAAACGUUAGGGUCAGUUUCAGGUCUUGUAUACCGUCGUGGUGAGUAGAUAAUAAUUAGCAUCGUACUAUGGAAAUCCCCUGUAAGGAAAAUGAAAUUGAAAGUAGUCGCACUAGGCAUUAGUCCUGUCGGUGCAGGGGAAGAUUGGGGAAAACCUUUCUAGCAGCAGGACUGAUCUAUCUGCCGAAAUACAUGCUAGAUCGAGCGAUCAGUAUCUGAUGCGACAUUAAAAAAAAGCCGCUGUGUAAUAUUGACACUAACGCGGCUCAUAUACAGGCUACAAUAUGUCGAAACUUUUAGUGGUUGUUCUUGCUGUGUUCACGGAUUUGGCCAUCGUCUAUGUGCUGGACCUGGUAGGCACACACCUGAGAGGUAAAGUGGACGGUGGAGUUGACCUGGUGAGGCAGUGGACUGAGGCUGUGCUGCGAUGCUCGUUGCUCUUCUCACUGUUCUGCUGGAGGGAUGUGAGAGGACGGCUGAUAAAGCGAUGGGUGAUGGCCCACUGUUUUAUCACUCCUGUGUAUGAAACAGGUCGCUUAACUCUGUUUGGGAACUGGCCGAUGGAGAAGUUUGCUAUGUGGCUGGUUGGCAGUGUGGCUGCUGCUUUGGGAUGUCUGUUUUGGGAGACACUCAUACCAGAGUCUAACGAGGAAAACAACAGCAAAGAGAAGAAGCAGAAAGCUCGAGUGCUCUUCAUGAGAGUGAUCAGGUUGUACAAACCUGACUACCUGUUUCUGACCGGGGCAUCUCUGUUUCUAGCCUUAGCUGUCCUUUGUGAGAUGUUUAUUCCACUCUACACAGGAAAGUUGAUCGAUAUUCUGCAGACUAAGUACAGCUGGGAUGAAUUUCUCUCCACAAUAAUAUUAAUGACGUUUUUCUCUUUUGGAAGUUCUUUCAGCGCAGGUUGUCGAGGAGGCUUGUUCACGUGUGUAAUCGGCAGAUUUAUUUGUAGAGUGAAGCGUCAACUCUUCAGCUGCUUACUUAAGCAGGAAAUUGGCUUCUUUGAGACUACAAAAACAGGUGACAUCACAAGCAGACUGUCCACAGACACUAAUCUCAUGGCCCAAGCUGUAGCCCUUAAUGUGAACGUCCUUCUGCGAACUCUGAUUAAGACCAUGGGGAUGUUGUACCUGAUGUUUAGUCUCUCCUGGAAGCUCACUGUUCUGACUCUGAUGGAGACGCCUUUGACUGGACUACUACAGAACAUCUACGACACACACUACCAGAGACUUUCAAAGGAGGUGCAGGACUCCAUAGCAAGAGCAAAUGAUGCUGCAGGAGAGGCUGUGUCCGGCAUCAGGACCAUAAAGAGCUUUAACGCAAAGCAGAGUGAGAAGAGUCGAUAUGAUAAGAGGCUGAUGGACACGCAUAAUAUAAAGACUCAGCGGGACACAGUCAGAGCAUUGUACUUGCUGGUGAGGAGGCUCACAGAGUUGGGAGUGAAGGUGGCUAUGUUAUACUACGGUCACCUGUUUGUAACAUAUGGACAGAUGACCACAGGAAAUCUGGUCGCAUUCAUCCUCUACCAUACAGAUCUCGCAGACAACAUUAGGACUUUGAUUUACAUAUUUGGAGAUAUGCUGAACUCUGUGAGUGCCUCCGGGAAGGUCUUUGAGUACCUGGACCGAAUACCUGAAGUGAGCACAGAUGGGACCCUAAAGCCAGAGGAACUGAAGGGACACAUCAGCUUCCAUAACGUCACCUUCACAUAUCCAACACGUCCUGACCGCACUGUGCUGAAGGACUUUAGUCUGGAGCUGAAGCCCGGUAAAAUGAUUGCCCUGGUGGGGAUUUCCGGUGGUGGGAAAAGCACUUGUGUCAGUCUGCUGCAGAAGUUUUACCAGCCACAGCAUGGACAGAUCCUGCUAGAUGGACAGCCUCUGCAGAACUACCAGGACAAAUACCUGCACAGCAAGAUUGUUGCAGUGGGUCAGGAGCCUGUUCUGUUCUCCGGUACCAUACGGGACAAUAUCACUUACGGAUUGCCAGAUUGUUCACUCGAGAGGAUCGAGGAGGCAGCACGCAAAGCCAAUGCACAUGAAUUCAUCUGUCAGUUACAGAAAGGUUAUGACACAGAUGUUGGAGAACGAGGAAGUCUUCUUGGUAGCAGUCAGAAGCAGCGCAUUGCGAUUGCCCGAGCUCUAAUCAGACAGCCGCAGGUUAUAUUACUGGAUGAGAUCACAAGCUUUCUUGAUCCUAAGAGUGAACAAAUGAUCCAACAAGCCCUGGCCAACUGCCCCAACCAGACCUUACUGGUGAUUGCACACAGACUGAAGACCAUUGAGAAGGCGGACCAGAUUAUUGUGAUUGACCAGGGGAUGAUUUUGGAGCAAGGCAGCCACCAGGAACUCAUGGAGAAGAAGGGCCAUUACUACAAACUGAAAGAGAAACUCUUUACUGAAAAUAACAGUUAAUGUGAAACACUGCGAGUCUAAUUUUAACAACGGGAGGCAUGGACACUUCAGCAGUAUACAGUACAACUAUAAUCAUAAACUGCAAUAGAUGUUUCUGGUAUUCUGCAUUGUUUUAGAUGUUUUUGGAGCUAUUCUAUCACCUUAGUUGGUCAAUAAACGAUACAAAACUUGUAUUUGUAUGUGAACUGUAAAUAAUGAUGAAAAAUAAAGUAUUUCUGACUUCA